UGUUUUCAACAUGGCGUCCCUGUGCAGCCUCUCCACCUUAUUUCCUAUCCAGAGUCAGCUGGACUUGGCUUUAGAUGAGGCUACGACGAAGCAGGAGGAAGAAACUCUUGUGCUGCAGUACUUAAAAGACUUAGACGAGAGAGGAGACCUGAAGAUACCAGAUUUCCCCACAGGCUUGGAAUGGCUGAACACAAAUGGACCUCUGUCUUUGAUCAAGGAGCUGGCUGGCAAAGUUGUGCUGCUGGACUUCUUCACCUACUGCUGCAUCAACUGCAUGCACAUCCUGCCUGAUCUGCACCAGCUCGAGAAGAAACACUCUGUGGAAGAUGGAUUGGUUAUUGUUGGGGUACACUCUGCCAAAUUCCCCAAUGAAAAGGUGCUGGACAACGUUCGCAGUGCCGUUCUCCGCUAUGACAUCUGCCAUCCAGUGGUGAAUGACAGCGAGGCCCGGCUCUGGAAUGAACUGGAGGUGUCCUGCUGGCCCACGCUGGUCCUGGUUGGACCACGUGGCAACCUGCUCUUCUCCCUGGUGGGUGAAGGCCACCGCGACAGGCUGACACUUUUCACUGACAGCGCCCUCCGUUACUACAGGGAGCAGGGUCUGUUAAAGACUCACACAUUGGGGAUCAGGCUGUACAGAGACUCCCUGCCUCGAAGCAUCCUGUCUUUUCCUGGGAAGGUGGCUAUAGACAUCAGCAAGAAAAGACUGGCCAUAGCAGACACUGGACAUCACCGGAUUUUAGUGGUGGAUUCUACUGGGAAUCUCUUACAUGCCAUAGGAGGGCCUGAAAGUGGGAGACGAGAUGGAGACCUGUCUGAAGCAUCCUUUAAUUCCCCUCAGGGCGUGGCCAUUAAAGGAGAUGCAGUUUAUGUUGCUGACACAGAAAACCACCUGAUCCGAAAGAUUGACCUGUUAGAGGGAAGAGUCAGCACCUUAGCUGGCGUGGGAGCCCAAGGCACGGACAAAGAGGGUGGGGCCAUGGGACCUCAGCAGCCAAUCAGCUCUCCUUGGGAUGUGACUCUGGGCACUGCUGGUGGUGGUGAAGACAAUGUGCUGUGGAUAGCCAUGGCUGGGACCCACCAGAUCUGGGCUUUGUUUCUAACAGAUGGAAAACUGCCCAAGGGAAGUGAAUCCAAGGCAGGGACGUGCCUGCGAUGGGCAGGUAGUGGCAACGAGGAGAACCGAAACAACUCCUAUCCUCACAAGGCUGGCUUUGCUCAGCCGUCAGGCCUGGCUUUAGCCCCGGAGGAGCCGUGGAGCUGCCUGUACGUGGCUGAUAGUGAGAGCAGCACCAUCCGCACCAUCGCACUGAAGGAUGGAGGAGUCAAGGUGCUGGUCGGGGGAGAGAGAGACCCUCUGAACCUCUUUGCUUUCGGGGAUGUAGACGGGAAAGGAGUGGACGCGAAGCUGCAGCAUCCCCUCGGCGUUGCCUGGGCUCCUGAACAAAGCCUGCUCUAUGUGGCCGACUCCUACAAUCACAAGAUCAAGGUGGUGAAUCCAAAGACAAAGCAGUGUUGCACAUUGGCAGGGAAGGGAGAGGCUGGAGAUAGUCUGGGACCUGAAUUUGACAAAACCUGCUUUAAUGAACCUGGAGGAAUCUGUGUCAGCGGUGACGGGGCGCUGCUGUACGUGGCAGAUACCAACAACCACCAAAUCAAGAUGCUGGACCUUGUCUCCAAGACUGUCUCACUGUUUCCUAUAUCCAUAGACUGCACAGACACUGCACCAGCAAAACCUCCAGCUCGUGCCAAAGCCCCCAUACUGCCCAAAUCAGCUGCCAGGAAAGCCAUGCCACCAGUGGCAGUGUCUGUGGGCCAGACUCUCAACCUGUUCCUCACCUUGUCCCUUCCAAACGGAAGCAAACUCACUGACGAGGCCCCCAGCUACUGGGCUCUCUCUGCAGAGGGUAAUGAGUGGCUGCUGGACAGUGAGGUGGUCACAGGUGAGGUCCUGGAUCUGUCGAAGCCCGUCCGCAUCUCGACCAAACUUCCAUCAGUUUGGAACGACUCCAACAGCAAUCCGAGUCUCACUCUGAGUGUCUGGGUCUAUUACUGUAAGGAAGCAGGAAAGGCCUGUAUGAUGAAAGCGGCCUCCUUCACGCAGCCUCUUCAAAUAAGUGGCAGUCCUGCAGGGGAAGAGGUCACCGUGACGUUGGCUCAUACCUUCUAAAAGCCACUCACUUGUUUUGGUCCAAACAGCCACCAAGGAGCCGCUCUGUGAGAUAAUACCACAUCAUUGUCACCUCGGAUCUCGACUUACUCCGUCCCCUGUUUUCGCCAUAGUCCUGGAGGAAAGACACAUUUGAACAAAAAUACACCAUACCAUGCUGACUUCUUCAUUUUCUUCUAAUUGAAUUUCAUCUCAAACAGAUUCAGAAGUCCUUUCUAUGAAACUCUCCAGGCGUUUUACAGCAACACAAGUUUACUGCAAACACAAAAACAGCCUACAGAAUAGUAUUUAUGCAACAAACUUUCCAGAAUAGAUCGUAUUGGUUAUGUGCUGAUGAAAAAUCCUCCUUAUAUAUCACUUAAUGUACUGUCUCUGUAGAUUUAAUGAGUAUGGUUGGAAGUGAUGAUUAUCUAAUUUGGCGAUGACGCUGGUGAUGGAUGAACACGCAAAAAUAUCAGAGACAAGACACAGAAUUAGCAGAAGCCUCCUGUUUUGUGCCAGAAACAAGUUUCCCAUGAAAAUGAAGAUAUUUAGCUUGGUAAUUGGAGACAUUCUUCACCAAAAAAGAGGCUUUUGAAUUCUAAUAUUAUCGAGUUGUGUCCAGUUUCUCAUAAAUGCACCGUCUCGUCUUUGAUCUCAGACGAGGCGGAGAUGUAAUAAGUGGAAAAGGAAGGGAAAUGAAACCUUUAUAAAAAAGUUAUCUAUGCAGAGACUCACUUUUUAUAUUAUCAUUCAAAUAUUAAAGAUGUCUAACACUAGAGUGUUAAUACACAUAACCAUCUCUUAAUGCAGUGUUUCUCCAUCAGCCCUGCUCCAGCACACCUGAUACAAAUGAAUGGCUCAUUAUCAGGCUUCUGCAGAGCUUGAUGACGAGCUGUUCAUAGGAAUCACGUGUGUUGGAGCGGGAAAACAUCAAAAACACGCAGGGCACUGGGUCCCCGAGGACCAGGAUGGAGAAACACUGCUUGAAUGGUGAAGAAGCUGCAUCAGGCAUCACGUGAUUAUGUUUGACAUUGUGCUGAAUUUAAUCAUGAACCGAUCAUGUAGGUGGAAAAGAAUGGAAGGUGUUGGCAAAUGUAGCCAGAUCAUGGCAAAUUAUAUCAUAUUUAAGAAACAUACUCAGUGCAGCUUCCCAUCUCUGCUGCUAAUAGAAACUCCUGGUACUCCAUUCCAAACGGUAAAAAACAAACAAUUUAAAACAGGUGUUUGACCACUUUCAAUGUGUUUAAUCAGCAGUGGUGAUUUUGACUUUGCUCAACAUUUAUAUUUAUUACUUUUUAAUAGCGACUUCAAAUCACUCACUCACUGUUAAAUUGUGGUUCAAUAUGUAGCUACUAACUUGACACGGUGUUAGCAUUACCUUUUAGAAUGUCUAAUUUAUGUUUUUAAGAAAACUAAGUAACUGAACAGCACAUGACCAAAAGGGAAGGGAACUUGUCGUACCCAAUUCCCAUUGCUCAAUGUUAAUUGGACACUCCACUGUACUCCUAAAUGGGAGGGUUACGUAUAAAACUCUGGUAAAGUCGAGGAAGCCAAAAGAAAGACAAAGUAACUGAAACUUUUCAUAUCAUGUCUUUAAUUUUUAACACCAUAGUGCUAUCAAUAAGUCUGGUUAUCAGCGAGCAGCAGUGAGCAGUCGUUCAGCCUGGACUGUGCAUUUGUCUCUGUACAAACAUGUUCAUCGCCUCUCAUGUUUACACUCUCAGCUUUGUUCUGUGUGACCGAUCCACUCUUUUAAUCACAAUUAUUACAGACACGUGGAACCCGUUUUUUUUUUUUUUGAUAUGCACUGUAAAAUAUUGCUGUUACGCAAGUGCUGAAUGAAGUGCCUGUUUGCAAUAAAAGAGGGAAGCGACCUCCGGCGGACCGCUGACACUGGCUGACUGCUGCUUCAGCAAUGAGAACACUGUGGGAUAUUGUAUUAAGAAAACAAAGUCUUAUUAAAAUCUCUCCGUCUCGCUCCAUGCGUUUAUACACUUAAUCUCUUCUCCACAAAGGGAACAUAAUAGGGAAGAAGAUGCUCUAAUGAUGAGACCGUGCCAUGCCUCGUGUAUUCUGUUGUAAUGUAAUACGAUGAUGAUGUGGAAGUCGUUAUUGUCAUUUUCCCUUAUUGGUUUUCAGAGUUAUGAGCUGUUGUCAGGAACGGGGCCGCAGAGUGUUUUGAUUGUCAUCGCUAUGUCAUGUCUCAUAACGUAAUUGAGCUUGUCGGAUUGUUUUUAUUUGGUUUGGAUCACUCGGCCCAAGUGCCUCGGAGACGGCGUGUUACUGUAGAGAUGCUAUAUGAAUAGACUGUAUCAGAAGCAAUAAUAUAUCUCUGUUAAAGGGAAACGUAUUUUUUUAAUUCCCUACUUUCUUUUUAAAUAAAUAAAUUACUCGUG